AUGUACACAACAGCUUCAGUCUUGCUCAAAACGCUGGCGGACGUUGGCGUCACACAUAUCUUCGCCAACUGGGGGAAUGACCAUCCUGCAAUAUUGGAAGACUUGGAGAGACAACGAACAGACGGCGGUGGGAAGGCCCUUCUCGACGUUGUGACUUGCCCCAACGAGAUGGUGGCUCUUAGUGCGGCGCAUGGCUAUUCGCAAGUCACAGGAAAGCCAGCUGCCGUCAUUGUCCAUGUUGAUGUGGGAACGCAGGCUUUGGCUGGUGCAGUGCACAAUGCCGAUAAAGGCCAAGCCCCGGUCAUCAUUUUUGCAGGAGCUUCGCCUUUCUCUGUAAGUGGUGAGCAUAAGGGAUCAAAGAACGAGUGGCCCAUGUGGGGACAAGAUGCACCCGACCAGCCUGCAAUUGUCAGGCAAUUCAUGCGGUUCACUGCGCAGAUCAUGAGUGGAAAGACUGUAGCGAAGACCGUGAUGCGGGCUUGGCAAUUUGCCACAAGUAGCCCCAAAGGACCAGUAUACCUGUGGGCGCGACGCGAGACCCUGCAAGAGGAAAUCGAUCCUUCUGUGCUACAGACUCCAGUUGAUAUAAGUAAAUGGCCUUCGGUACAGCCGAGUGGUCUGUCUCCGACCGCUUUGAACACGAUAGUCGAUGCUCUCACAAAUGCCGAGUUUCCGUUGAUCAUCGCGGGCAACACAGGGAGGAACCCGCAGACAGUAUCGCUCCUUGCGACACUGUCGAACCUGCGCUCCAUUGCUGUAUGCACAGCAAUAUCUCCCGCUCUGUGUGUUCCAUAUAGCCAUCCCUACCUCGUCGGCUCGUCAUUCGAUGGCAGAAUCGCACACCUCGAGAAGGCCGACGUCGUCCUCAUCAUCGAAGCCGAUGUUCCCUGGAUGGACACCAUGGGUAGCAAGCUAGUUGAUGACACUCGAGUAUUCGUUCUGGACGUGGACCCGCUCAAGCAGCAAUUCGGCUGGUCGCACGUGGACGCGGAGAUGCUAUGCAGGGUGGACUCCGCAGUUGCGCUAGGCCAACUGAUCAACGCUGUUCGCCUAGCCGAUCUGCAAACUUCCGACAAGGGUGCUCUAAAUGCGAGGAUGUACGAGCGUGGAACAAAGUUGAGAGCGUUUCAUGAGGAGUGGAUGAAAGAGCUGCUUGCAGCGGAGGAGAUGGCGAUGGGCGCGAACGGAACCGUCCUCACUGUCCCGUACGUCUUACGCGCAUUACGAAAGGCGGCACAGGCACACGUUCCGUCUGGAAACAACAUUCUGUGGCUCAACGAGGGCAUCAGUAAUUGCGAUCUGGUGUGGAACCAUAUUCAGCCAGAGUAUCCCGGCAGUAUGAUCAUGUCCGGUGGCUCGAGCCUCGGAUGGGCACUGGGUGCCGCAGUCGGUGCUCGUCUGGGUGCUCAGGUGGCAGGAAAGGACUAUGAGUUGAUCGUAGCAGUGGUGGGAGAUGGUGACUUCCUAUUCGGCGUGCCAAGCGCUGCAUAUUGGAUGGCCAGGCGCUAUAAAACGCCAUUUUUAACAGUCAUCUUGAACAAUGGCGGCUGGGCUUCACCGAGGUACUCUAUGUUGGGCAUGUACCCAAACGGAGUAGGAAGCAAGGCAACAGGGCAACAGCUGAACGUGUCCUUCGGUCCGGACAUGCCAGACUACGCCCAAAUCGCUGCCGCUGCGGGAGAUGCCUGGGGGCGUCGUGUUGCGAGCGCGUCGGAGCUUCAGAGUGCACUGGAAGAGGGAAUCAGAGCAGUGGUUGAGAACAAAAGGAGUGCCGUAGUCGACUGCAUCCUCGAGCAGAUAUGA